CCUCAAACUACAAUUUCCUUUAUUUUUCAAAGCUAAGUUUGAAAAGGCUAAUACUUAACUGGAUUAAGUUUAGUAAAAAAAAGUAAAGAGAGAUAAAGAACUGAAGGCAGAUUUAAUUUUUGCAAGUGAAAUUUACCUAAUGUAAAUAAUGUAAACAUACCAAAAAGGUGAGGAGUUUUUGGUAUUUAAAACAUAGUAAAGAGAAGAAUGUGUAGGAGAAUUAUACCGAAAAUCAAAUAGCGGAUUAACAAAUUAUCUCAUAGAUAACAGAUUAUUGACUUGAAUAAGUAAAGUAUAUGGCUAAAUGACUUGAAAGAACAAGGAAUUCUACUUAAUUCAAACAUAAUAAUGAAGUAUUAGAUCAUCAUUCAAAGAUGGAAUCAAUUAAAGCUUUUGCUGAUUCCAAAUUUUAAAAAAAUCCAAAAAUGAUGCAUUAAAAUUUAAAUUUGACUUUGGGGAAUCUCAGAAAGCAAAUCAAGUUAAAAAUCAAUCGCAUUGGAUUAAAUAAAGUAGAGGAAGAAACAAAUAAAAUCUUUGUUUGAGAAUAGAUAUUUUUGCGAAUAAAAAGCAUUUGAUAGAAAAAUGAACUGACUUUCAAGACUA